CCUCAAGUUUACCCGCAAGCUCAGAACCCUUUCUCAUUCUUUAACAAAAAUAGUCAAAUAUGUUUUCCAUCCUGGAAUUUGGCAUUGGAAAUCUACGAGUGAUGAUGUGAAUUAAUCCCAACAUCACUCGUGAAUUCUCAAGGCGUUUUUAGGUAGAAACGUACGAUGAGCGAUUUUUGUUACACAUGAUAGUACGUAGUUCAUGGACAAAUAGCAUGUGUUCGCAACACGAAUUAUUUUUCACGCACAAGUAAAAGGACAGUCUUUUAUACGUGAAAUUUUUAGUUUUUAUAAGGUGAGGUUUUUCUUGCAAGCAACACUUUUCCCAUUGGAAUUUUUCUCAUUAUUAAGUGAUCGAUAAAUAUAACUUAAAAUUGGUAGUAUUUAUUAACAUGGCUCUGAAUUUGUAACAACCAUAUUAACACUGACAUUGGCCAGCAUAAAAAUAAUCUUUCCCUUAUAAUCUCUUGAUCCAAACAAAAUUCUCCCUAGAUGUUUCUUCUGUAAUAUUGAAUCCAGGUAUAAAGUCCGUAGCUUCAUGCGAUAUACUCCUGUUAAGCGACCUUUAAUUACUGAAACUGUAAGUACAGCAAGUAGUGUGCCACAGCAAAAAUCUUUAUUUAGAGGCAAGAGAAGAAGUUUAUUUUGCGAUAAAGAUGUUCAACUGCUACGUCAAAAGUGCUCGUAUAUUAUUGCUAAUGGUCCAUUAACGAAACAAGGUGUCACUAAGGCGUUGGAAGGGGAAGAUAUACUAAAAAAUUUACUUUUGUACAAAUUCGUACUCGUUUGCACUACGAAAGAAAACAACUAUGAACACAUCUGUUCCAUGAACUUAUGCCAGUCAUUAAAACGAAUAACUCUUCGUUAAAAUUAUUAAACAUGUUAAUGUUCUGCUUUUGUUUCUUUACUAAUUGUUCUUAUAAUUGAUGUUGCAUGUUAUCCCAGAGGCAGCACUGCUAACACGCACGAUACUGUACUUUCCUAACUUUGACGACGAUUAUAAUACUGAGUUAAUUUUUGACAACUAGUUUUAAUUAAUGAAACUAAGUUUUGCUAAGCUGACAUUUUCUUUAAAUACAACCUUGAUUAGACAAAAUGUGUUUUCUUGCUUAAUUUCAUUUUGUGUAUAUAACGCUUGAUGCACUGCUUUCUAAAGUUUAUAUUUUGUUUAUGAGCUGUAAAGGCAUUGGUCUUCUCUACUACAUCCUAUGUAGGAUUCUGUUUUAGCAAACUUGAAUCUUCUUGUUAUUACACCCUCUACUUUCGUAAUUUGUAUAAGCACGUGUUUUACGAACUCGUUUAAAAGUUAGAAUUCAAUUUAAAGUUUUCAGAGCAUGCUUCAUAGCAUUAUUAUUGUACUUUUAACCACACGUUUUUAAAGAAAAAAUUAGCUUUAAUGUAGACU